AUGGCAACAGCUCGUUCAGUGGCAAUAGUUGGUGGCGGAAUUGGUGGUUUGACCGUUGCUAAUGCUUUAAGACAAAUAGGAAUGUCUGUUUCAUUAUAUGAACGUGCACCUUAUUUUAUUCCAACAGUUGGAUCAGCAUUUGGUCUUACACCUAAUGGACAGAUAUCGCUUGCUCAUAUUGGUUUGAAAGAUCAAAUCGAAAAAAUCCUUCAUCCUUUUCUAAAAUGGCGAGUUCUUAAUGACAAUUGCGAAGUAGUAGCUGCAUCCGAUAGAAUAGCUGACUAUGGAAAACGAUUUGGUUAUUUUAUGGGUGGUACUCUUCGUUCGGAACUUGUUGAUGUUUUAAAAGAACCUUUAGAAAAGAAUGAUAUUUUACAUUAUUCUCAUAAUGUAACUAAUAUUAAACAAGAUAAUGAUGGUGUUACAAUUUCAUUUGACAAUGAAAAAGAACAAAAACCAGUUCGAGUUGAUAUGGUUAUUGGUGCAGAUGGAAUACAUUCAACAGUUGUUAAACAAAUUUUUACUCCAAUAGCUCAAUCAAUAUAUUCAAAAGUAAAUAUUUUCUAUGGUACGAUAGAUAAUAUCGAUCAACAAACAUCUCUUAAUCCAAUUAUAACAGCAAAAAAUACAUUAAUACAAUAUUUCGGUCAUAGACACUGUCUAAGUUACCGAGCUGGUAAUAAAGGACAAUAUAUGUGGGCUAUUACUUAUCCAUCAGUUACACCUCCAUCAACAAGUGAUGAUGCUGAAUGGACAAAAAUGAAUAAUCAGCACGAAUUAAGUGAAUGUUUAACAAAAUUUCCUCAAUCACAUCCCAUACAUCAAUGUGUAGCAGCAACAGAUAAACAACGUAUACUUCAUUUUGGAUUAUAUUAUCGUCAACAUCGUAAUGAUGGUUGGCAUCGUAAUCGAAUUUGUUUAUUAGGAGAUGCAUGUCAUGCAACAUUACCUCAUAUUGGACAAGGAGUAAAUAUGGCAAUUGAAGAUGCUAUAUCACUUGCAAUGUGUUUAGAAAAAUAUAAUUCUCAAAUGGAACCAGCAUUUCAAGAAUAUUAUAAAAAACGUUUUAAACGAACAAAACGUGUUGUAGAUAUGGCACGCUAUAUGGGUUCAUUUUAUCGUUCAGAAAAUCCGAUUAUUUCUUCAAUAAGACAGCAUGUGUAUCCACGAAUAUUUCUCUCUCAAACGAUGCUGAAAAGGCUUGAAAAAGAAAUAUUUGAAAAUUGCCCUCGUCCUGUACAACAAAAGAAUAUCGCUAAAUAA